UUGAGGGGGCGGGAUGUAAACAAUGAUGGCUGAGGGAGGUGUGGACGGGCAGUCCUGUCAUCAUGAGUAUAGUCAACUCUUGUCCUUGUUAGACUCACAACACUCCUCCAGCAGCCACCUUGCAUGAUGGUGGACCACCUCCAGAACCUCAAGGUCCUUCCUCCCUAUAAUGUCGAGGAAAUAAAGCGUGAAGAGUUCCACAGAUGUGAAGGUCACUGUUACCUUGACCAUGCAGCUGCAACAUUGUACAGCAGCAGCCAAAUGAAAGAUGUUGCAGCCGAGCUUCAGUCAUCUCUCUUUGGGAACCCUCACUCUCGCCACUUUCCUAGUGAUACUUCCACUCAAAUGAUUGAGUCCAUUCGUCAGAGGGUCUUGGAACAUUUCAAUACUGAAGCAGAGGAGUAUGAUUUGAUCUUUACCUCUGGUGCUACACAAGCACUAAAGAUUGUCGGAGAAAGUUUUCACUGGAAUGAAAGUUCUGAACUAUUGCACAAUGGCAUCAAUAGUGUUGUGUCUCAAGAUAACACACAAGAACAAAUUAAUCAGAAAGCCCAAAAUACAGAAAGUUCCAGAAAAAAUAAAGUGAGAGAACCAAAUCAAGGAGCAUUUGUAUAUGCUAGAGAGAACCACACGUCAGUGCUAGGUGUGAGAGACUUGGCACAUCAGGCAGGUGUUCCUGUGUACUGUCUGCGUACCAAAGACCUUCAGGAUAUACUAAAAAAUGAUUCUGCUAUCCCUUUAUCGGAUACAGAAUUUCACUUGCCUGUUUAUAAUGGCACAGAUGCUGUGGAACAGUCACCCAGUGGAGAAUCUCGUCCAAGAGAUGUUGCCGGAACAAAUUGGGAGAGGUGUACGGAAAGAAAAAACUGCCUCUUUGCCUACAGUGCUCAAUGUAACUUUUCUGGAACAAAGGCACCUUUGGAGUGGAUUGAGAAGGUUCAGAAUGGAGCUUUGAACAAAAUUUUAAACAGCUGUCCAAUAAAUAAUAAAGUUUCAUCAAAAGACAAUACAAGUGACCCUAACUGGUUCGUAUUACUGGAUGCUGCUGGAUUAGUUGCCACUUGUCCUCUUGAUCUCUCCAAAUGGAAACCAGAUUUCAUUCCAAUAUCUUUCUACAAACUUUUUGGAUAUCCAACUGGAUUGGGGUGCUUGAUGGUAAGGAAAAGAGCAUGGAAUGUCUUGAAGAAAGAAUACUUUGGGGGAGGCACUGUGCUGAUGGUUGACUCCAGGAAAAUGAUGCUUGUCCCACGACCCAAACUUCAUGACAGAUUUGAAGAUGGAACACUUCCCUUUUUAAGUAUUCUAGCUCUCAGACAUGGUUUUGGCACGAUCAUCAAACUCACAGGGGGAAUGGAGAAGGUGAAGCAUCAUGUGUUCCACCUGGCAAGAUACACACACCACUCUCUUAAGAGCUACAGACAUGCUAAUGGGUCCCCAGUCGCUCAGUUAUACUGUCAAGAGAAGCCAUGGCAUGUCAACACACACGGCUCCAUUGUCAAUUUUAAUUUGUUAAAUUCAGAUGGAUCUCAUGUUGGAUAUGCCCAGGUUGAGAGAGUUUCAUCUUUGUACAAUAUCUAUUUACGUACUGGGUGCUUGUGUAAUCCAGGAGCAUGUCAAACUUACCUUGAUAUCUCUCAAGAGAAUCUACUGCAUCAAUUUCAGGCAGGACAUGUAUGUGGAGAUGCUCAAGAUUUGGUGGAUGGGCUGCCAACAGGCUCUGUGCGUGUCAGCUUUGGUUACAUGAGUUCAUACAGUGAUGCUGAUCUACUUCUGAAAAUGGUGCAGGAAUGCUUCGUUGAUGGCCCUCUCAUUGUAGAUUUAUCAUGGAUGGAAAAAAGUGCAUUGUUACCUUCUAUGUUUUAUGAAGACAGUGCCAUUCCCAAAGGAAAUUUGGUCAAUGGAUGGAAAGUUGAUAAAAUAAGUAAAAGUUUAACAGUGAAGGAAAAAUGCGUUAUUACAGAAGCUUUCUAUGGUAACGAGGAAAGACAAAUAUCAGAGAAAGGUUUCAACCAUUCACAUUCAAAACAUAACUUGAUGCAAGAAUAUGAACUGCUUAAUACCAAGAAAAUUCAGAAUUCAUAUAUUGGAAGGGAGUCAAGUAACUGUAGGCCUGCCAGACUCUCCCUAACUAAUAUUGUCAUUUUCCCUGUUAAAUCAUGUGGGGGUCUCUCAAUGCAAAAAUGGAACAUAGACCUAAAAGGCUUGAAGUAUGACCGUCGAUGGAUGGUGGUAACAAGUUCUGGUAUGACGCUAACGCAGAAGAGGCUUCCACGUAUGACUCUCAUCACACCGCACCUUGACUUGGAGGCUGGGACACUUACUCUUUCAUACAAAGGUGAAAAAGAUGUUACUGUGCCUCUUGAGCCUUGUGUAUCUGCAGCAAGAGACAUAUCUGUGUGUGGAGGCCGUGUGUGUAGAGACCGUGUAAAAGGGUUAGACUGUGGACUCCAGGUUGGAAUUUGGCUUUCCAAUGUUCUGGGACAGCCAGACCUGAGGCUUAUGCAACAGACAAGUGAGCGAUUGAGCAAGUUAAAAUCUAUUAUCCAUGCUGGAAAAAAUCAAGAAUAAUGGUGAGACCUUUGACAAGCCGCUGGCUUCCUGUCCCCAUCGAGGCCACUAAAUAUAUUGUGGCCCCUCAUGUAAACUUGCCUUUUGAGUAAGUAUAUUGAAUCUUCAUUAUUUUUAUACAAAUAUUUAUUUUUAUAUUUUAGCUAUAAGUUAUUAGGUCUUUACUAAGAUUUACUGUUAUUUUUUAUGCAAUACUGUAUGUGUGUAGUUAAAUUAACCUUAAUUUCAUAAUGAAUGUGGCCAUUCACUGCUGAGUAGUUCCUGUAUUAGCUCCAUUACUCUUGUUCUAUUUGAUUACAGUAUGCUGUACUGUAUUAUCUCUGUUGACAUUUGCCUAUUUUCAUUAUACACUAUUAUUAUAUAUUAUACUAUUUUACCACUACAGUGGUAACACUACGCACUCUUCCCACACUUCGCGAGCAAUUGGCCUAGGUUCGUAUGCUGGAAAGGAUUGACAAAGCGCCAAUCCUUAAUUGUACGCUUCUGUUCACCUAGCAGUGAAUGGGUACCUAGUUGUUAAACCAUUUGGCAGGUUGUAUUCCAGGGAAAAUUAAGAUUAAGGACCUGCCCAAAAGGCUAUGCAUGUUAGUGGCUAUACAAGAAUGUAAGAACUCUUGUAUAUACUGUAUCUAAAUUGCAUUGUACCAUCCUACUCCUCUAAACUGUAAUCUUUCUUUUGUUCCUUAGUACAGUAUUCCAACAUUACCCAUGGGCCCAGCAUACCACAGCAGUUUUAAGUGGUUGGUGUAUUUUCUUACAGGAAAGCAGCCACACAGUAAGCAUACAUGUACAGAAGGCACAUAUACUGGUACACUCAAGACACAUACAAAAGUUGAAUCUGUUAAUGACUUAUUUAAUUUCAUAUAUACAAAAAAAAGGUUACAGUACCAUGGAAUGGCUGUAUUUCCCCAUAGUGGACUAUAUAUUGUAGAAUUUUUUAUCUUCUAAUGCUGUAUUAAUAGUGCUUUUCUUGCCAACAUGUCUUCAUCUGAAGAGACAUUUAUUCUUUACACAUUUGUAUAACUUUCAUUGUGUCAUAUUACUUGCUAUACAAAUUGAGGGGUUCUUGUAGCCAUUGAUGUGGUUGCCCCAUGAUGUGCUUGGAACUUGUUUUUCCCAUAUAUAUAUUAUAACACUCCUUCACCAUACUUUAUUCCAGUGUCGGCAAGAAAUACAAUAGAGUUGAUAGGUAAAGAUGAAUAAUUUACAGCAUUACACAAACAUUAGUGUCAUAAUUCAUGCUAACAUAAAAGCUGUUGGGUCUUUCAAGUCGGUAAUUACAAAAACAUUAAUCUCAC